UAAGUAUUUUCAAUUAGUUUCAUAUAAAUUAUCACCGCCUAAUUGAAACUCGUAUAAGACGAACACUCUUCGAAUUGCAGAUCAUCAAAAUUCAAUCACAAUGGUUUUCAUAAAAUCCCCAAAUAACAAAACUCUCUCUCUCAAUCUAAACCCUAACGCCACCACUCUCUCCCUCCUCAAACACCACAUUCAAUCCCACACCCAAAUCCCAAUUUCCCACCAAUUCUUCUUAAACCCAUCACUCAAUUUCAAUUCCACCUCCAAAUAUGCACAAAAUUUCGAAUCUUGUUCACUAUCUCAUCUGGGUAUCACCAAUUACUCAACUUUAACUCUUUAUAUCCCCUUCCACGGCGGCACCCAGCCUCCGCCGCCGCCAAAGCCACGCCUUGAGUUUCUUAAUUCUAAGCCCCCGGCUAACUAUGUUGCGGGUUUGGGCCGUGGGGCGACUGGGUUUACUACCCGGUCGGAUAUUGGUCCGGCUAGGGCUGCUCCUGAUCUUCCUGAUAAGUCUGCUAUGGCUAUUGGGGCCGCUCCGGGUGGGCCCGCUGGCGCGGGGGUUGGUAGAGGAAGAGGGAAAGGCGGUGAUGACGAGGAAGAGGAUGAGGGGGAGGAUAAGGGUUAUGAUGAGAAUCAGAAAUUUGAUGAGUUUGAAGGGAAUGAUGUGGGUUUGUUUGCUUCGGCUGAGUAUGAUGAGGAUGAUAAGGAAGCGGAUGCUGUUUGGGAAGCAAUUGAUAAGAGAAUGGAUUCCAGGAGAAAGGAUAGGAGAGAGGCUAGAUUGAAGGAGGAGAUUGAGAAGUAUCGAGCUUCGAAUCCGAAGAUCACCGAGCAAUUUGCGGAUUUGAAGAGGAAGUUGCAUACUCUAUCCGCUGAAGAAUGGGAUAGUAUUCCUGACAUUGGUGAUUAUUCUUUGAGGAAUAAGAAGAAAAGAUUUGAGAGCUUUGUGCCUGUUCCUGAUACCCUUCUUGAAAAAGCUAGGCAAGAGAAGGAACAUGUUACUGCUUUGGAUCCUAAGAGUAGGUCUGCUGGUGGGACCGAGACUCCUUGGUCGCAAACACCGGUUACUGAUCUUACUGCUGUUGGUGAAGGAAGGGGUACAGUGUUGUCGUUGAAGUUGGAUAGGUUAUCGGAUUCAGUCUCGGGGCUGACUGUGGUUGAUCCUAAAGGUUAUCUGACUGAUUUGAAGAGUAUGAAGAUUACUAGUGAUGCUGAGAUUUCGGAUAUUAAAAAGGCUAGGUUGCUGUUGAAGAGUGUUACUCAGACUAAUCCGAAACAUCCUCCUGGCUGGAUUGCUGCUGCAAGGUUGGAAGAGGUAGCUGGAAAAAUUCAGGCGGCUAGGCUAUUGAUGCAAAAGGGAUGUGAAGAGUGCCCUACCAAUGAGGAUGUUUGGAUAGAGGCAUGCAGGUUGGCUAGUCCUGAUGAAGCCAAAGCAGUUAUAGCCAAGGGAGUGAAGUGCAUACCUAAUUCUGUCAAGUUGUGGUUACAGGCUGCAAAAUUGGAACAUGAUGAUGUGAAUAAGAGUAGGGUUUUGAGGAAGGGUUUGGAGAAUAUUCCUGAUUCGGUUAGGUUAUGGAAAGCUGUUGUCGAAUUGGCUAACGAGGAGGAUGCUAGAAUACUACUCCAUAGAGCAGUGGAAUGCUGUCCUUUGCAUGUUGAGUUGUGGUUGGCAUUGGCAAGACUGGAGACAUAUGAUAAUGCAAAGAAGGUGUUGAAUAGGGCUAGGGAAAGGUUGUCUAAAGAACCAGCGAUAUGGAUAACUGCUGCCAAGUUGGAGGAGGCAAAUGGCAAUACGACUAUGGUGGGAAAAAUUAUUGAGAGAGGUAUCAGAACUUUGCAGAGAGAAGGGUUGGAGAUUGAUAGGGAGGCAUGGAUGAAGGAGGCUGAGGCAGCUGAAAGGGCAGGUUCUGUGGUGACUUGUCAAGCAAUUAUCAAAAAUACAUUAGGGAUUGGAGUGGAGGAAGAGGAUAGGAAGAGAACAUGGGUGGCUGAUGCUGAGGAGUGUAAGAAGAGGGGAUCUAUUGAGACUGCUAGAGCUAUCUAUGCCCAUGCACUAACUGUGUUUUUGACUAAGAAGAGCAUUUGGCUCAAAGCCGCACAGCUUGAAAAGAGUCAUGGGACUAGGGAGUCUCUUGAUGCUCUGCUACGGAAGGCUGUUACUUAUAGGCCGCAAGCUGAAGUUUUGUGGCUUAUGGGUGCUAAAGAAAAAUGGCUUGCUGGUGAUGUGCCUGCUGCUAGGGCUAUUCUCCAAGAAGCUUAUGCUGCUAUACCAAACUCUGAAGAAAUUUGGCUUGCUGCUUUUAAGCUUGAAUUUGAGAACCAUGAGCCUGAAAGGGCCAGAAUGCUGCUUGCUAAGGCAAGAGAAAGGGGUGGUACAGAAAGAGUAUGGAUGAAAUCUGCCAUUGUUGAAAGAGAGCUGGUUAAUAUUGAGGAGGAGAGGAGAUUGCUGGAUGAAGGGCUGAAACGUUUCCCUUCAUUCUUUAAGCUGUGGUUGAUGCUCGGGCAGCUCGAGGAACGGCUUGUUCGUUUGGAUAAAGCGAAGGAAGUUUAUGAGUCAGGUUUGAAGCAUUGUCCAAGUUGUAUACACCUUUGGCUUGCUCUUGCCAAUCUUGACGAGAGAAUGAAUGGGCUGAGUAAAGCUCGUGCUGUACUCACCAUGGCAAGGAAGAAAAAUGCUCAAAAUCCUGAACUCUGGCUUGCUGCUGUCCGUUCUGAAUCAAGGCAUGGAAAUAAGAAGGAAGCUGAUAUACUGAUGGCGAAGGCAUUGCAGGAGUGUCCUAACAGUGGCAUAUUGUGGGCAGCAUCAAUUGAAAUGGCUCCCCGUCCUCAACGCAAAAGCAAGAGCAUGGAUGCCCUCAAGAAAUGUGAUCACGAUCCCUAUGUUAUUGCCGCCGUGGCCAAGUUAUUUUGGCUUGAUAGGAAGGUUGACAAAGCUAGAGUUUGGUUGAACAGGGCAGUCACUCUCGCACCAGACAUUGGUGAUUUUUGGGCUUUGUAUUAUAAAUUUGAACUUCAGCAUGGAACUGAGGAAAACCAGAAGGAUGUAAUAAAGAGGUGUACUGCUGCAGAACCAAAGCAUGGUGAAAAAUGGCAAGCAAUUUCAAAGGCUGUUGAGAAUGCUCACCAGCAAACUGAAGCCAUCCUCAAGAAAGUGGUGAUUGCACUCGGAAAGGAAGAGAAUGCUGCUGAAAACAAACAUUAGUUGCUUAUGCAAUAUUAACGCGUGGCGGAAGAUUGAAAAGUGCAGUGCCUGCUUUGAUUGCAGAUGCAGUGAAUGUCUUCAAGAUGGUUAGUACACCUCCUCAUCCAUGAAGCUUGUUAAUAUAUGCAGACAAGCUUGUGGAGAAAUUUAGUUGCUUUCUUUAGAUGCUAUAACAUAGUUGAGGGGUCAUUUUAUUGUGAAACUUGUAAAGCUCUAUUGCUUUGAGGUACUGCUAGUGAGUUUGGAAUCUUUAGUUUAUAUGAUCUUUGGGAUUUCAAAUCACCAGAGUAUUUCUCAGAAUCUGCCCACGGAAAUCUGUAUUUUAAUGAUCCUGGAACCUUACAGUUGUUACGUUUCACUGUUUUGUACUGAAUUCAUUUACGUUAUGGCACAUCAAAUAUUUGCUAAAACUGAUUUGACUACUAAGACCCUCGUCAUUGGGAAACACAUGGCAUUUGCAAAAAUUAAAGUGUUAUUUUGUAUGCAGACUAUUUCUAGUGUAGAUCUAAAUAAUAUCUGCAUUUACAAGAACACGAAACAUGAUAUAGAAAACCCUUUUUGGACCAGAUGUUCAUAGUUCCUCUUGGUGCAUUUUUAGAUUGUGCAAUUAUCUUGCAGUGCCUAGCUAUCCAAUCCUACUAGCUUCUCACUUAUCUCCCAUAGCUUUUGAGCUUUCUCUGUAUUACUGGCUUCUUUCGACAGCUGGUUUUCAAAAGAAGACGAGUACUGAUUCCAGCUCCAGUAAACACCUGAUUUUGCAAGAGUUGGAUCAAUCACAACCUGAGACACAGAAUCAGAGAUUAGUUUGUACUUAAUGUAUCAUUUUUAAAGUGCAUGCUGGUUCAAAUGGUUUGAUCAACAGACCUGCGCUAGUCUUUUACCGGCUACUUCUUCUGAAACGUAUCCUUUGGUUAUAUACUUUUGGAAUGGUGGAAAUAGAAGCCUGAACAAGGGGAUGUGCUCUCUGAACAAGCCUGUUUCAGCAAUACAACCAGGGUAGAGAGAAGCAAAGGUAAUUCCCGUCUCUUCAUGGUACCGCCUGUGGAAUUCUUGCAUUGUCAGCAUGUUGCAUACUUUGCUGUCUUUGUAGGCUUUUGCACCAUCAAAAUCUCCACCAUCUAUCAUUGAUGAGCUGUUCAGUCCAUUUAGGCCACCCACGAGACCUCUUAGAUCUCCAAGGUUUGCCUUUGGGGGUACAUUCCCUGCCAAUGUGUUGUCGUUUCCUGCAAUUACAUGUUUGAAACAGCACGGUCAGAAUACUGAUCUUAUUUUCUGCAUUUUAGGGAUCGUCAAGUUUAUUCUUUCAAGACCUUCGGAUAUUGUUAAUAAAUAUUUGAUUUCAUUAUGCAUUCUGAUAGAAAAUCUUAAUAUUUUAGCUGCAUUAAUAUGCAAGGGUACCUGUUAUGGAGCCAACGAUGAUGAGCCUUUUGGAUGGGUGGUCAGAUUUCUUCAAAUCCUCGAGCAGAAGGCGUGCCAGUAGAAAGUGACCAAGAUGGUUAGUCCCAACACUCAGUUCAAAACCUUCAGCUGUGAAAGUAGGCUCCUUCGCUGUGGGUAGAUAGAUAGCAGCAUUGCACACCACCACAUCACACGGCAUGCCUGACCGACGGAAGCUAUCUACAAAUUGGCGGACGCUCUCAAGGGACGCAAGAUCAAGAUGCAUAACAGUGUAGUUUUCUUUAGGAAUGCCAAUUGACUUAGCUGCCCUCUCAGCUUUCAAGAAAUUUCUACAAGCCAUAAUCACAUUCCAUUGCCCCGUCUCUGCCAAAGCCUUGGCUGUAGCCAGCCCCAAACCGGAAGAUGCUCCCGUAAUAAUAACAUUACCCUUUCUCAACGUUUUCUUUGUUUCUGGUACCGACUCGUUAAUUGCUGGAGAUGUGGUAGCAGUCUGUGCUCGGAUAGUUCCGGUGGACAACGCACUACAUCUUCUCAGUUGCUGCAUGGGUAACACCGAUUGAACGCGUAAAUAGAAUGCAGGUGACUAUUCUAUAACUCAAGUUUUGAAAUGUAGCGUAAGAAUUACCUUGAGGUGAUUCGGAAGUGAAAAUGAAACUCCGAAAAAACCCGUCUCCUUGAGAGAAGCAUUGUACUUAACCUGUGAACAGAACACACUUGAACUGAAUCAGAUGAUGAGGAAGAAGAUAAUACAGCAAAAAAACAGAGUUUAAAAUAAAAGAAGUUACCUGUUUGUGGAUAGAAGAAGGAAGAAUAGAGGAGGGUGCUUGGAGAGCCAUGGAGCCAACCAAAUAAUUGUUUGAAUGAAGAAGAAAAGAUAAUGUUUUUAUUGGGUUUCUCUUAUCCAAUCAUAUCUCCACCUUCAGAUUCUUAAAUGAACCUUUUGAUUGGUUUUGUGGAUAAUAUCGCCAUCUACAUUCUUCUACCUUCUCUUGGGUUUUUAAUUUGAAAUUUAUUUAAACUAGAUAAAUUAUUCAUUCUUAAUUAUUUGUUUAUUUUUGAAAA